AUGGCAGCAGCAGGAGACGCGGCGGCGGAUGCGGCGGUGAGCGCGGGGAACGGCGAGCAGGCGGGAGCGGGAGCCCCGCGGAAACGCAUCGGGACGCACAACGGCACGUUCCACUGCGACGAGGCAAUGGGGUGCUUCCUGCUGCGCCGCACAGCCAAGUUCCGCGACGCCGAUGUCAUCCGCACCAGGGACGAAAAGGUGCUGGCGGAGCUGGACGCGGUGAUCGACGUGGGGGGAGUCUACGACCCGGUCACCGACCGCUACGACCACCACCAGCGCGGCUUCUCAGAGGUGUUCGGCCAUGGCUUCUGCACCAAGCUCAGCAGCGCUGGACUCGUGUACAAGCACUACGGGCAGGAGGUGGUGGCGGGGCUGAUGGGGCUGCCACAGACCCAUGCGGACGUGCACAAGGUGUACCUCGCUAUCUACCGCUCCUUCAUGGAGGCACUAGACGCCAUAGACAACGGGGUGAACCAGUUUGAGUCGGAGUACCCCCCGCGCUACGUGAACAACACGCACCUGUCGGCGCGUGUGGGGCGCUUCAACCCCGACUGGCUGGAUGACGCCUCCCCCGCCGCUCAGGACGCUGCUUUCCAGAAGGCCAUGGCGCUCGCUGGGGAGGAGUUCAUGGAGGCGGUGACGUACACGGCGCGCAGCUGGCUGCCGGCGCGCAGCAUCGUGGAGGAGAGCAUUGCUUCUGCCGUGGCGGAGCACGGCAGUGUUGAGAUCAUCACACUCAAGCAGUUCUGCCCGUGGAAGGGCCAUCUGAGUGAGCUGGAAGGGGAGUUGAAGCUCAACCCACUGCCCAAAUACAUGCUGUAUGAGGACGACCGGGCCAAGCAGUGGCGCGUGCAGGCCAUUUCAGUCGCUCCAGGCAGCUUUGAGAGCCGCUGCCCACUGCCUGUGGACUGGAGGGGGCUGCGAGACGACGAGCUGUCGGAGCGGUCGGGCAUUCCCAGGGGCGUGUUUGUGCACAUGAGUGGCUUCAUUGGUGGUAACCACACGUACGAGGGUGCCCUCGCCAUGGCCAAGGCUGGUCUGGCCGAAGCUGCUGCUACCGAUGCUGCCAAGGCUGCCGAGGCGGCUGGUGCUGCUGCUGCCACUGUUGCAUGA